CACAAUUUUUUGUCACUAACGACAAGUAAACAUUGCAUAUUUUUCUCCCGAUAUUUUUUUGUUGUGUUUUGUUUAAAAGGUGAGCGAGUAACCAUGCCAACAUCUGCUAAAGAGUUUGCAGAGUAUUCAGAUGACAGUUUUGCCUCCAACAUAUCGGAAGAUGAGUUAAGAGUUCAGUCACCUAUAAAAGUGAACCAGAAAAAGAAGAAGAAGAAAGUGCCUAAAACCAGUCACGUCAAGAAACCAGCUUCUCCAUAUGGACGACCUAUGAAGGUUUCUGGACCAAAAAGAACAUCUGAGGAACUGUGGCUUGAUGGUAUCCACAAGGGCACAGGGCUGACAGCGAGUGUAAAGAGCAGCAAUUAUCUUGGCCUUACUGGUAAACAAGUGCCUCAAGGUAGCAACUGCAGCGAUUACUUACGAGAGAAUGUACUUGGCAUGCCGCCAAAAUCACGCAGGUCGCAAUCAGCUAUGGAUGAUACAUUUACAAGAAGUACAAAAGGAGUCCCAGUGUACAAGCCACCGGAGGACAUGUAUGAUGACAUAUUGGAGUUAAGGAAGUCUGUUACUGGUCUGAGGCAGGAGAAUGAGCUGAUAAAGGCAAGGAAUCGUAGACUAGAAGAUGACAAUGCCAAAAAGGAGAAACACAUAGAUGAACUCAUGAUGGGUAGUAGAGUAAGUGUUUUCUGUUAUUAUCCUAGUGACAUGUUUGAAGUAAGCAAGUUCUGCUUUGGGGAAGAGGGUGGCGAUGUAGCAAUAAUAAGAGAUGAUGCCAGCAGGUGGAAUGCCUGGCACAGCUGUUGGACAGCCAAGGUAAAAUUUGUCAAGAGUAAUUGUAUCUCCUUUUCUAAAUGUAGGAAGUUGAGUGAAGAUAUUAAAUGUACAAAUAUAGAAGAAAUGAAAAUUGCCAUGGAAACAUUCUAUCAAGAGGUUCAACGGUUGAGAGUUGAGCAAACUGAAAAUGAUAAACUAUCGAGAUCAAUGAAACAAAGCAGUAACAGUAAUUCUAAAGUGAAAGCGUUGAACGGCACGGUCUUGCGUUUGACGGAGGCUAAUCAGCGGUUGCAAAGCGAAAAUAAACUACUGAAAUUGGAUCUGCAACGUGCGAUGGAAAAGACUCCAAGAACAGGGGGAAAGGGUAGCAGAGAUUACAAGGACAUGGACAGACAGAAUUUACUAGAUACCUUAUCUAAGCUUGAAUCAGAACUGGAGGAAGUUAGAGCAAAAGAAAUGAAGAAUUCUGUUUCUGAAGCAAACAAGAAACAGUUACAAGAUUCUAUUGACCGACAGGAAAAGGAAAUUAAACGGUUGAAAGAAGAUAAAUCAAAACUGAAGAAAACAAUUGACGAACAAGAACAGGAAAUAAAAGAAUUGAAUGGAAAAUUAAAAAAAAUAACUGAACAAAUAUUAAGAGAAGCAGAAGAGGCGUCGAAGAAAAAGUUGGCACGGCAAUCCAGUACGGAGUCGCUGCACCACAACACGCCACGAAGCAGAAGUGGGAGCUCAGCCUCAUUGAAAAGAAAAAAGAAAGACGAAGACAGAAGACAUGAAGAACAGAAACAGAAAGCUGAAGAACUAAGAAAAGUAAACAGCGCCAAGAGUAUACAGAGGAACUGGCGGGCUCAUAAGAAACUUAGUGAUGAUGAUGAAGAUGAGAAAGAAGAAGAGGAAUUGGAUGCUGCAACUGUGACAAUACAGUCUGCUUUUAGAGGACACGAAAAUCGUAAGCAUCAUCUACAGCAGAUGAACCGUUACACGCCAAGUCCAGUGAAUAAAUAUAAAGACAGCAACAGUGAUGAGGAGGAGAGCGAUAUGGAGGAUGUUGCCACGACGAUACAGUCAGCAGCAAGAGGGCAUUGGGGAAGACAGAAGCAACUCAACAGCUACAGUACUAGAAACUCAGAGAUAUCUGAUGCAGAAUCUGUUUCGUCAAAACGAUCAGUAAGAAGUAAUAAAAGUAAUUCCAGCAAGAAGCAAGUUAAAUCAAAGAAACAAAUUGCUCGUGAAUAUCUGGAAGAUUCUGACGAGAGUGAUGUCUUGGUGACAAGCAAGAAUACAAACAAUGGAAAAACGUCAAAAAAAUCAGUCAGAAAAGAAAAUCCAUAUGGUCUACUUGAUAGUGACAAUGAGAGUGACGAUGAAUUGGUUACAGCUCCACUUAGACGGCGAUCUUAUCAAUUCGGUAGAUGAAUUCAACCUCUCUCCCACUAAGUCAGUAGUACUCCGAGUGCAACAUUUUAGUGUUGCAGCAUCAAAACACACAGUUAGAGGAGUCUGUAUUAUCGUUUUCAACCAGAAAAAUUAGUGUUGGUAAUAGAAGUCACAUGCUUUAAGGCUUAGUAAUUUGUUUAGAAAACUGUAUACUGUGUAAUUACCUGUAGUUAAAGUAAACAGAUGAUGUGGGGUAUUAGCAGAAGUGGCGCCAGCAGGGGGGUUUGGGAGGGGUGGAAAGGCCCUGCCGGGGAAAAAAUCACCAUCCGUCGGAGAGAAAAAAAAUGUAUAUAUAUUUUCUACAUUAUUACCCAUAGUGUAAAGUAUUUUUAUUUUCGCAGAGGAUACCUCCAAAACCAGCUCAAAUUUACGCGGAAAACCACUAGGAAAAUAGGUGCGCAGAGUCGCAAUAAUUUAUUUGGUCAAAGUCUAAUUUUCAACAAAAUAGGAAUUUGGCCAUUAUUUUCCGAAAUGUGUGGAUGGAUUUCUAGGCCAAAUGUUUGCUUGCAGGAUAUAUAUUCCCCGCACAGGCUUUACUAUAGAGUCUGGCACAAUAGUAGACUCUAAAAUUGAUUAAGCCUUUGAAACCCCAAAGUUGUCAUAUUUCUCGAGGGCUUUGCCCCCUGGACUACUUUAGGAAGAUUUUGAGAGACAGUUGACUACGCCCAAUUCACUUUCGCUAGGCACAUCGUGAUGUCUGUCAGAGACAUCGGACCCCUGUCACACAAAUCCUGUCGCUAUCCCUAGGUAUUAGGUGUAAAAAAAGUACUUUUGGUGUGUUUCUCCAGUUGUCGACAUUGUUUAUUUCGGAUGGGGAAAUACCAUGACACUACUUCUUUUGAUUACAUUUCUGUUAUUUUUUUCUUUCAAAAGCAAAACAGAAGAAAAAUUUAAAACUGGUAGACAUGUUGGGAAUAUAAAAUCAUUUUCAAAUUGCUUGUUUUGGUGGUCAUACAGUAGUUUUAUAGCUUAAAAUCUGAAAGAACAGUGUUCAUACUUUCUGUAGUUUUAUAGCUUAAAAUCAUAGCUAUACAGUGUCUGUACCUUCUUUUACCACAGUUUUAUAGCUUACAAUCUGAGGGAUUUGAGCAUUUGGCCUAUACAAAAUUACCUACUGUAAAACUAUCAGUAGUUUUUAGAGGUCUUACUUUUUGUCUUAAUUUUGCUCAAAAAAGGAAGUUGUAGUAUUCAUUUACAAAAUGUAUUUUUUGGUUUUUUUAAUCUUCAUUUUUGUUAUGUACAGUUAUCAAUCAUACACAUAAGUAAUAUCUGCUUAUGGAUGUUAAGUAAAGUUAGUUGAAUCAAGUUUGUAUACAUGUACAUGCUAUAUUUUCAUUAGUCUUUAAAAGUGUGUGAAGUACAUAAUAAAAUGGGUUUGUAAAUAUUAUAGAAUAAGGUCAUUGAACUAGACAAUGCCAAAAAUAAUGUGCUGUACAGUACUUAUUGUGGUUGAAAUAUACAUUUUUUCUAUAUAUUGUGAUGCCAUGAGAACUAGAGAGAAACUGAUAGCUUUUAGGAUGAAUGUCAUUAUUGUAUUGAAUUAUGUGAAUAUAGAUGGAGUGAAAUUGCAGCUUACCUUUCAAUGCCAUGCUUAAUUUUCUGUCAAUAUUACGUCAGAUAAAUCAACUCCACUCCUCAACACUCAAUAUAGUGAGAUUAAGUUUAUGUAGAGCAUAUUUUCUGUGUGCUUGUCUUUUGAAAGGGAAUGGCACCUAUGGAUAUGUGGGUGAAUUUGGAAAAGAAAGUCAUGGACACUUAAAACCUACAUAAUUUAAUUUAUUCAUUAGGCAUAGACUUAAUUCUGUCAUAAUUGACAACAUUUUGACGCUAUGAAAAUGAUGAUAAAACAAUGUUAAUUUAAACAUAACCAGUAUUUUCAUAUGAACCAUCAUAAUGUACAAAUCAGCCUCAAGGUGAAAAGUUCUGUCACAAUUUGGCGAUUUUUUUACCCUGCCUUUUUCUGAUUGUUUUGUGUUCCAUAUACUAUCUCUGCUUAAAAAUGCCACUCAAAACUUACUUUUAAGGCUAUUAAAUAAAAUUUGUAAGCAUAAAUAAUUUUUGGUCUUGGUUUAUAUUUUAAGCAAUUUUGAUAGUUUUAAUAUGUAUACAAGCAACAAAUUUCCGUAAAAAGAUGCAAUAAAGUGAGUCUGAGUCUCGGUAUAAUUAGUGUCGGGAGGUAGUUGUAUUAUCCAACACUUUCGGGAAUUAGAAUUUGCUACUUCACAAAUCACGUUCUAUUUAUCACUGCACAAUGGCGUAACUACCGCAGGUUCAGGCGGUUCAUUGAACCAGAGCCCCUGGUCUCCAGGGGCCCCAAUCUUUAAGCGCCUGCCCCCUUAUAUAAAUUUAAUAAAGCAGUGCAUAUUUAAACAGUGAUAGUAUUUAUCUUUAUAUGUACUCUUGAACCAAGGCCCCUCAGAACCUAUUACAUCACUGCCUCCUCAUACUGUACCUUCAAAAAGUACUUCAGGAAGUUAAAAUCUCAAUCUCAUCAGAGCUAUUUUUGAAAGAUUGUGAAAUUUAGGCUUUAUAUUACUGUAUUCAUUUUUGAAAUGGUUUUUUCUUUUGGAUUGAACUUUCAUGUAUUAUGUACAGUUGACAACCUUACACAUGAAGUAAUAAGUAAUUUUUCUUAGAUAUUAGGAAAUUUAGUUUGUAUCACAUGUACAAAACUAUAUUAGUCUGUAAAAGUGUGUGAAAAACACCAAUAAGGCCAAAAAAUAAUAUGUUGUGUUGCCCUCCGCGACCGACCGAAAUUUUCCAAAAAAAUCGGAUCGGCAUUUUUUUUUUCUUGUUUUUGUUUUUGAAAUGUUUUUGAAGUACAAAUUCGAGAAACACCGCAGUCAAAAUUAACAUUUAGAACAUCGGACCAUAGGCCUAGAUGCAUGCGUAAAAUCGGUAAAAUAGAAGCAUAAUUUACAGAACCGAGCGCGAGGACGAUAUAUAUCACAAAUCGGAUCUCUCGUGCUGAGCUGUCAAAUUACGAUACACAUUAUUAUUUUACGUUACGAAGCCAAAUAAUACUUUCUUUAAACUGAUUUAUUUUUGUUUGAUUUAUUUCAAUAUACACUUGAUUAUUAUAAUAAUUCCAUCUAAGGGCAACACAACAAUUUUUUUUAGUCUAGUUUGUAGGCCUACUUAUAUUGAUGGUAAUUAAACUAGACAGUGCAAACAAA